CUGUUUUAUAGUAUAAACAUUAUUGCAUAUUAUAUUUGUGCAUAACUCUCGUAUACGACGUAAAACAGUCGCUAAGUACUUAAGUAAGAUAAUGAACAAUUUUAUGUAAUUGCUCUGAUAAUAACAUUACUAUUUAAUCCGUGUAUUACGUUGCAUAAAAAGUGAGGGAAAUGGUGAAAAUCAACUCAUUAUUUUUCAAAAUUAACUACAUUUGGUGCCGACGUUUGAGCACCAAACAAAGCUACUAUCACCGAACCAGCGACAUCGCGUUCAGGCCGUGGACUUUGGGCCAAUUGGCCGAAUUCGCCGCCCAACAUUACGGCGACAGAUGGGCGGUAAUCUCCCGCCACCAGAACAAGCGCAUCAAUUUCCACGAUGCCCUCGAGGAGGCGGACAGGCUGGCCGCCGGUUUGGGCGCCUUGGGCGUCCGGAAGGGCGACCGCGUCGGCCUGUGGGCGCCCAACCUGAUCGAGUGGUAUGUGUCGUACGUGGCCUGCGCCCGGGGCGGUUAUGUGGCUGUGUUGAUGAACCCUUAUUACGGAUCGCACGAGGCCGAGCGGAUGAUAAAGAAAGCCGAUAUGAGAACUCUGAUAUGUGGGGAUGUGUUUAAAAAGCAAAACUACUACGAUUUAUUGCGCGAUAUUUGUCCGGAGUUGGAGAAAUGUAAUCCGGAAGAUAUAUCCAGUUCCAAAAUACCUUGUUUGAAGAACGUUGUUAUGAUUACAGAAGACAAUAAAAAAGGAACGUUUAAAUAUAGCGAUAUAUUGAAUUUAGCGGACGAAAAUAGCAUUAAAUCAAUCAAACAAAGCCAAGAUUCUAUUGAUAUGGACGAUCCCUGCAAUAUUCAAUUCACUUCCGGAACAACGGGCGAUCCCAAAGCUCCCGUUCAAUCCCACUUCGCCGUAGUCAACAACGGCUAUUUCAUAGGCAUCGGCAUGGAAUUGCAGAAAGACUACCACAAAAUCUGCCUGCCUAACCCAUUUUUCCACGUCUACGGCACCGUAGUGGCCAUCAGCAGCGCCAUCAAUCACGGCAACACCAUCGUCUUGCCCUCGGACGUUUACGAUCCCGAGGAAAACCUGACCGCCAUUGCCGAGGAAAAGUGCUCGGUGAUAUUCGGCACGCCUACGAUGCACAUGGACCUAAUCAACGAGCAAUUGAAGCGAAACGAGGACGUAAAUCUGGACAUCGCGGUGUCCGGCGGAGCUUUGUGCUCCCCGAAGCUCUUCAGCGACAUGCAAAGCGUGUUGAAAGCAAAAAAAGUUAAGUCUGUGUACGGCAUGACGGAAAUGACAGCAGGAUUGUUCAUUUCCACUGAAAAGGACACCACGCAACAAUCCCUAAACACCGUAGGGAAAUUAAUGGAGCACAUGGAAGCGAAAGUUGUGAACGAAAAAGGUGAAGUUGUACCGUUCGGGGAACCCGGUGAACUUUAUUCCAGAGGCUUCUCCACGAUGUUGGGGUACUACAAAGACGAGGAAAAAACUAGGGAGAUAAUCGAUUCGAACGGUUGGGUACACACUGGAGACCAAUUCGUAUUAACUCCAGAUGGGUACGGUAAAAUCGUAGGGAGAAUAAAAGACAUGAUAAUUAGGGGAGGAGAGAAUAUUUAUCCUAAAGAAAUCGAAGAGUAUUUGGCUACUCAUCCUGAUAUUUUAGCUGUUUAUGUAAUUGGAGUUCCUCAUGAGAGACUUGGCGAAGAAGUAUGCGCUUGCAUAAAAACACGAAAUGGCUUACGAUUAUCUGUGGAAGAAAUAAGAAAUUACUGCAAAGGAAAGUUAUCCAACUUUACAAUACCUACCGUCGUGGAAAUGAUGGAAAGUUUCCCGACGACUACAUCCGGAAAAAUCCAGAAACACAAACUAGUAGAUGUAAAUUUGUGCCAAGCGUUACAACAAAGGGAGCUGAAUUAUUGCAUUCAAAUAACCGACAUGGCUUGUAUAAUCGCUUUAGAUAUUUACAGGAAUUAUAGUAUUUACGAUUUACUUAAGAAGAUAGUACCGGAAAUAGAUGAAUCGAAAGAUGGUAGAAUAAUAUCUAAUAAUUUACCGUUUUUAAAGUAUAUCAUUAUAAUAUCGGAUGUCUCGUAUAAAGGAACACUCAAAUACAAAACCGUAAAAUCUACUGGAAACGCAAUAUCCAAAGAAGUACUAAAAACCAUUCGAAAUAAAAUCCACCACCAAGAUUUGGUGACUAUACUUUUUACCUCAGGUACCACAGGAAAUCCAAAAAUUGUUGGUCUGACUCACUAUCAAUUGUACAACAAUUGCAACAUUACCCACCACCGCCUCGGCAAUCAAGGAAAACAGCACACAUUAUGCUUCUAUCUACCUUUAUUCCACCUCUUCGGCAUACUAAUCACCAUGCUAGUAGUACGAUGCUCCGGCACUAUCGUCCUGCCAUCUUACUACUACAACCCUGAGGCAAAUUUGCUGGCCAUCAGCGAAGAGAAGUGUUCGUUUGUACCGGGUCCCCCUGUCAUGUUCUCCGAUUUGAUCCGCGUCCAGAAAAUUAAAAAUCUCCCCCUUUGCAUCGACCUGGCUCUGACCGGAUCUGCUCCAUGCUCCGAUCAAACCACCAAUGGUGUGCUCGAGGUUCUGAAUGUUAGAAAUUUUGUGGCAGGUUAUGGAAGUUCUGAAGCGCUUGUAGUAAUGUUGGGUUGGAUUCGUAGAGGUGAUGAAGGAAAUUGCGAUUUGCUCGGGGAUGUUUUGGACCACGUGGAAUUGAAAAUAAGCGAUGGUAACGACAAGAUCGUUCCUUUGGGCACGGUAGGGAAUUUGUCAAUAAAAGGAUACUCUGUAAUUAGCAAUUAUCUAUACACCGAGUCGUCGAUAAAAGAAGUCGAUGAGGAAGGAUGGUACAAAUCUGGGGACGCCUUUUGUAUGGACGAAAAUAAACAAUUUCGCAUUGCUGGAAGACUUAAAGAGCUGAUCAAUAGGGGCGGUGAGAAAAUCGGACCUUCGGAGGUUGAGAAAAUUUUGGAAACUCAUCCAGACAUCGAAGAAGUGGCAGUUAUUGGUACUUAUCACGAGAGACUUGGUGAAGAGGUGUGCGCUUGUAUUCGCACGAAACUUGAUUCUCUUAUUACUUUGGAAGAUAUUAAAACUUUUUGCAAAGGAAAAUUAGCGUAUUAUAAAAUACCGUCGAGGAUGCAAAUCGUUGAGAGCUUUCCAAAAACUCCCUUAGGAAAAGUGCAAAGGGGAAAAUUAUUAGAAAUAUUCAAUCAAAAAUAUUUAAAUGAAUGAAAAGUGAAAACGUUAAGCAAAUUUUUAAAUUUCUUUAGGAAUACAGACUAAUUAUAAUUAUCAAUUUCCAUUAAAUAUUUUGAAAACGCCUAAUUAGAUAAUAUUCAUAGGAAGUCAUUAAUAUUUUUAUUUUCUCAACUAUUAGAUACAAUAAAUACAUAAAUUCUCGAUAACUCAAGUUUUAAUUUUACUUAUCAAAACAAACCAAACAACAAAAGCUUCAAGGAUAAUUCCAAAAUGUUGGACAAUUAACGCGCCCGAUUACGCACAAAAAGCUAAAGGUUAAAAGAUAAAACAAACCAGUACAUUCC